AUGUCUAAACGAACAGGCACCAGUCCCGAACGGCCUGCAAAACGGGCCCGCACGUCCAAAAUAAGGCCUGGUUAUACCGUUUACAUCAAGAAUAUCAACGACAAACUUCCGGCCACGAAACUGAAACGCAACCUGUACAUUCUUUUCUCCUCGGUUGGAGAUGUUAUCGCUAUAAACUGUCCUAACAGAGGUAAAUACCGGGGCCAAGCAUGGGUGGCCAUGAGCUCGCUGGAAGAGUCCAAGGCCGCAAUUGCAGAUUUCAACGGGUUCGCAUUCUUUGGCAAACCGCUCGCUGUCGAGUACAGUGACCAGAAGAGCCACACCAUCGAGAAGCUCGAACGCCAAUCAGAGACACCCGGUUAUACGUAA